UAUGAGCCAGGAUUAAACAUUUUAUCUCGUCCUGUAACGGAUAUCGCGAAUUCUUCGAUUUUGAACGUAUCUCUUCGAGCAACGAACUCGCAUACCGGCUGAAAUCUCUAGAGUGCAGUUGUAGUCGUUUGUUAAUUCCUUUGACAGACGCGUAGAGAAAUUGUUGUUGCUACGUGGUUAGCUGCACGGAACAGCUUUAUCGGGUACGCGGUAAAAAUAGAUGCUUUAUAAGAAAACGUGAAAAAAGAAGAAUCUUUGCGAGUAUCGUAGGAUCUUUUUGGUCAAAUCUAGUGCGGUACAUGUGCAUUGUCCAAUCAUUGUCGAAGGAACCGUUAGAAGUUUCCGUUGUGUGCGCGUUUGAACGAUCUAGUUACACAUUUGUCAUCUGCGUGCGGGAACCACUCCCGAUUGGUGUUACGGUGUUUCCGCGAUAUUCGCCACUGACUGAAAAGGGGAUAACAUCAUGGCUGUUAAUGUCUAUGCGACAAAUGUGACAACUGAGAACUUAAGCCGACAUGAUAUGCUAGCUUGGGUAAAUGAUUGCUUGCAAUCGUCGUUCACCAAAAUAGAAGAGCUAUGCACUGGAGCGGUUUAUUGUCAGUUCAUGGAUAUGCUUUUUCCUGGGAGUGUACCAUUGAAGAGGGUCAAAUUCAAGACCAACCUUGAACAUGAAUAUAUACAAAAUUUUAAAAUUUUGCAAGGGGGUUUUAAAAAGAUGAAUGUAGAUAAGAUUGUUCCAAUUGAUAGGCUGGUCAAAGGCAGGUUCCAAGAUAACUUUGAAUUUUUACAAUGGUUCAAGAAAUUCUUUGAUGCAAACUACUCCAGAACAGAGCCAUACGAUGCACUUGCUAUGCGAGGAGGAGAACCUAUGGGUAGUGGUGGAAACAAUGCACCGCAUGGCACUAAUGCAAAACGCACCACACCACGUGAUGUAAAUUCGUCUAAACCAGCUGGUCGUAUUGGUCAAGGAUCUUCACUUCCUGCACCUGCAGCUAACAACACGACUAUUAACAAAGCACCACCCCAUCGUCCACAAAUGAAAACGGGAGGAAUUGGAAAUCGUGCAGAUACUGGUAAAGUGGAGGAGCUCAGUGCACAGUUGAUGGAAAUGAAAAUGACGCUUGACGGGUUGGAGAAGGAAAGAGAUUUCUAUUUUGGAAAAUUGCGUGAUAUUGAAGUUAUGUGCCAGGAUUAUGACAAUAAUGGAGACCCUCGAACAAUAGUACAGAAAAUCUUAGAAGUCCUUUACGCAACGGAGGAAGGAUUUGCGCCACCCGAAGAAUUGGAAGGCGAUGGUCUCGCGCCAGAUGAAGAGGAGGAAUACUAACUUUACCUUUUUGUACAAUCAUUCAAACGAAAGAACAACAGCAAAUUGUCCAAGUGCGUUUCAGUUUAUUAUGUUUAGCAAGCCAGUAUAAUUACCGGCAUUAAUAAACUACAGUAUCAGUUGCAUAAUUAUUAAACUACUUUGUAUAGCUAUUUAAGCAUUUUCGCGCCUGCAUUUUGUUACGAAGUUCAUUGAGAUCAGCACGUGAUUAGGAUAGGAAGUACGAGAAAAAUAAUGCACUUGAAUAACUUGUAUCCUAUGACGAGUAAUUAUAAUUAAGAAAGGAGCAAAGUUAGCGGUUCACGUAUUGUCAUAGUUCUUUAUCGUAAUACGAAAUAACGGUAGAGUUCUGAACAUCGACAAGUCAUUAAAAAUAUGAAAAAACCGAAAAAAAAGAGGAAUGUUUGGACACUAUCCGAGUCCACUUUGUUAUACAGUGAAGUUACGUUAACUAUGUUCAUUAAUGUGUGAAUGUUUUUUCGUUUAUAAAUGCACCGUUUUAUUGCCGAUAGAUCAUGUUGUACUUUCGUACCUCGUUGUAGUUUUCUCAGAAAUUAUGAACAUAAUUAAAUAUGCGUUCAAACCAUUUUAUCUUGUGCAAUCGUGAAACAAAGCGAAUGAUAUGUCACAAAAUACUGAUUUCCCCCGUUGCAGAAUGAUGUUGUAUGCCAAGUAUAUCUUAAAACAAGAUUAAAUUGAAUUUUACAAGUUUUAUAUUCAUCUUUUAUUUUUAUUUUAUCUGUCGACUCUGCGCGAGAAUACACUGUACGAUUUUUGUCGCAUAAUUGUACAUUCGUAGGCGCGGUUUUGAGAUUGAAUCGAGGUGGCGAUACGCAGAAUUAUUAUUCGACGACUUCUGUUUCACGUAAUCGCAUGAAUUCUGGAGAUGCGAAGGAUUUUGCUCUUUGAUUGCUUCAAGCACGUUUUCAGGUCUUCGCAUCUCCAUGAUCUGUCUUUCAGAAACAAGAAUGGCCUUAAAUCAGCGAUAUGAACUUGAGACGAAAACAGAGGAUUGCUCGAAUUGCUUUAGCGAACAAAACGCAAAGUGUAUCUCCAAGCGCUACGUGUUUGUUAGUCACGUUGUGAGCAAAAGCAAAACAACGCGAAAGGAGAAAAUUUGUAAAAUUGUAUGGACGAGAGUGAAUGAGAGACAACGAAUGAAAGAGGGUCUAACACGUAAGCAAUAAUUGUACGCUUAUAAUUUGCUGCGUGUUUAUGACUAUAAUAAUGCGUGUUCUUUGAAAUAAUCGAUUCUCAAUCAUCAUGAAUAAAUUAUGUAUCAAUUU